UAAUUGGUCAGGAGGAUGUGGGAGGGGGAUGAAUGGAUGGACAGGGAGGGAAGCUAAGGAUAAGAGAGGAGGAGCAAUGCUAAGGAUAGAAAGAAAAUCCUCCCUAAUAAUCUCUGUGUGUUGGAGUGGAGAUGCAUGUAGAAGAAGAAAGAUGUUGUUUGCACAAAGAGGCAACAAGCUGCAAUUCUGAAAGCACAUAAAAUAAAACCUUUCUAUUCAAGGAAAUAAAAACAUACAUUUGAUUUGCAUUAGUAAAAUUGCAGUUAUUUGAAGCAGAAAAAUGCUUAAUGAUGAUAAUCACUACAGGAAGUGAGAAGUACAAAAUUGAUUUAAUUGACUUCACAAUACUAUUUUUGAAGUUUCUAGUUUUGGAAGUUUUGUACCUGGCAAAUAAAUAAGCAGUGCUGAGCCUGAUGGGGGCGCAAAUAAAGCCUGGUGGCCCGCCAGGCUUAUAAUACACUGGACGAGACCCUGAAAGCAGAAAGGAAUGAAAUGGCACUAAAUGGAGAAGGGACACAGAUCCUCCAAAGUCAGGUAAAAAUGCAAAGACAAACACAACUUCUGAUGUUCCCCAAGGUUAUUUGGUUGCAACUGUGAAAAUAAUUAUCUUUUUUUCCCCAUUUUUGCUCUUUAAACUCCUUGAGGUAUUGUGUUGGUUACAGAGCUGGAGCUCUUGUGGCAUUUAUAAUGAAAUCAAAUGUUUUUUUUUUUGCAUUCUUUUCCUAGUGAAAACAAAGUAGAAAUGUCAUUUAUUUUCACCGCUUUCAUUAAUCCGUGAAAUAAGAUGAUGGGUUUUGUUGCAUAAUUCAGCCUUCUGUAGCUACUUUUUUUUUUUUUAACUAAUCAGUGUCUGCUUCACAGGUCUAAUGAGAGACAGAGGCAGAGCAGGUGGGCCUCAGAGACCUCAAGGUAGACAGGAAGUCAGGGUUGAGUAGCGCCUGAAAUGACAGCAUCUCUAAGAAAGUGUUGAUGCUUUUCAAAGUAUUCCAGGUGGAUAAAUCAGGGGAUCUAAUACUGCUACAGUGGUUUGCACACAGGUAUUUAUAUACAAGCUGCAAAACAUCUUAAAUGGUCACUUUAGGAGGUUUUAAAGUGCUAAUCAGUUGAGUCAGUCGGACAAGAGUAAAGCAGAGGAGAGAUUAUAUGAUGUGUGGCCUAGUUUUGCAGGUUCACUCUCUCUGUUCACUUAUCCAAUAAGACUCACUACGACCCCACAACUGGAUUUCAAACGGUAAAUACAUUAAACAAUAACAAUUAGAUAAUUAGAUUCUCUCCAAACAAGAAGCUGGUUUCAAAGUAACAAGUGAUAAGAAUAAAUAAAUAAAUAAAUCUCACCAGAAUAGUUUUAUGACAGUCGAGAAGACUGGAGACGAAAAUCCCAGUUCCUACCACAAUAAACUCAAAAUGCAAACUAUUUUGAACCGAGGCGCGAUGCGCUCCUGCAGCCGGAGAAGCGGCUCCGCUCUCAGCUUCCCCUGCAGAGGCGUAUGUUCAAAGCGCACAACUAACCGGAAGCAGAGCGAGUCAGACUUUCAUAAUAAAGUGAGACUUUACCUAGAGGUGGUAAAUUGUACCCAUAAUGUUUGUCAAAUCAUGUACAACAAUAAAUGUGAAACAAAUCUAAGUUAUCCCUAACACAAGUCCAUAUUUAUACUUAUUGGACAUUAUUGGAGGAAAAAGAAGAAUUUGUUACAACGGGACCAAAUCGGGCAAAAUAAAGGUUUGAUUUUGAAAGCAAUGAUUAGAAAUAGUUUCCUUUCUGUCAGCUUGACAGAAAAUUGCUUUAUUUGUGAGCGAGCAGGAGGAUAGAGAGGAGGGGGUCCCUGCUAAAUAGGAUUAGAGGCGUCUGGGCCAUCUGUGUGGGGCUGGAUAAAUAGAGUUAUCACUUUAUUUUACUGAACUUUAUCUCCUCUUUCAAUUCAACACGUUUUCCCCUUUAUGUAAAUCCAGAAUCAUUUUAAAAAUCCGUAAACAACAUGCGCUGUUUACCCAGAAGAACGCCACUGGAUGGGUUUUAGGUUGACGAGUGACGACUUGCUCACGUCAUCACGUCAACAGCGUAACUUCCGCGUUCGUCUCCCAUGGCAACCGAGUGACCUCGAACCUGUCGGGAUGGAUUCCCUUACAGAGACGGAGAUGGCAAAGAUAGCGAGGCUUCCGAGGAGUGAUGGCAUCCAAAGACUCAGCCGCCACUUCAACUGGUUCGAGUUUACCAACGAAAAGCUUCCUUUACAUCAAGAGUUUGUAUAUGAUGUCGCCAUGUUCACUGCAGGGAUUGGCUUCUCCUGGGCCAACGUGAUCCUCUCAGCCAGGCUUGCCAAGGUCAUCUUCCUGCAGUUGCAUGAAUUCGACCUAAACAACUUCUGGCCUCUGCUCCGAGAUGUUCUGUGUGAGCAUUUUCCAUACUUGACGUCCUUACACCAGCAUGACUUCACCCAGUUCCUGAUAGACACCUGCGUCUGCAGAAGGAGGCUGUUCCAGGCGGUGGUCGGUUUAACGGCUGAGGAGCUGUUUGUUCGGAAACAGCUGGAGGUGCAGCUGCCGCCCAUCCCCUGCCCUUUAGCACAGGGCACUGAUCUUGAGAUGUGGGAGGCGCAGUCUGAGCUGCGAGCAAAACUCGAGUCCUCCCUGAAGCAAUUGGAGGAAAAACUCAAAUGUGUCCAGGCCGAGCCACGGGUCACUCUGGAGGACUUUGACGUCCCAUCAGACGGGGAACUGGACAAAGAGAGUGCUGUGGGUUUGGUUCGAUCUGCAGUCAAAGCCACAGGAGGCCAAGUGCUGGCAAGUCUGAGUCAAGAGACGUCCCUCCGCAAGGAGAUCUUUCAGAUCAAAAUGCAGCAGGAGGCUUUGAUCACCGCUGGACGCCCGAAAAUACCAUCUCCUGUCUUGAAAUCACCAAAGGCAAAGGGAGAAAAAGAAAAAACAAAAACAAAAGCAGGAAAGAAGAAAUAACUGAAAACAAGAAAGCUGAUUGAAUUAAAAGAGAAAUGAAUCCAAAGCAAGCAGUUAUUGUUAACUGUUCUAAUUUUGGUGAAAUCUUGUAAUUCUGUGUCUUUUUAGCUCUUACGAUCUCUGUAUUUUUAUUUUAUGCGGAUGCUUUUCUCAAGGAAGUAGCACAACACAUGAAAGUUCAGCAAUGUAUGCUCGAAUAAUAUUUAGUUAACUGGUUAGAGGUGUUUCAUCACUAUAACUACAAUUAUAAGCUGCAUUUGUAUGCAUAUAUUUUCUAAAGAUUUAUAUUGUAAUCAUAAAUUCCAACAAUACAUUGUACUAUUUUCAAAUUUA